GGCAUGUCAAAAUAGCUGAUCUAGGUGUUUGUAACGAAUUUUUCGGAGAAGAUGCCAAUAUAAGCAAUGAAUCGACAAGCGGAACUCCAGCCUUCAGAGCACCCGAAACUCUUAUAUUGGGACAAACCAAAUUUGAAAAGCUUCGUAACUCAAAUGUUGGAAAAGGAUGCCAUGCACAGGAUUACAGUUCCCCAAUUAAAGACGAAUAAAUGGGUUACCUCUGGUUCCCAAUAUUCUUUGCCGACAGAAGAGGAAAAUUGUAUGUUGGUACAAGUAGACGAUAAAGACAUGCGCUCCGUCAUACACAGCAUUCCAAAAUUGGACACACUAAUACUAAUUAAAACAAUGUUGAAAAAACACUCUUUUGGAAACCCUUUUGUAAAGGGAUAA